GCGGCGGCGCUGGCGCCGGGAUGGAUCGGGAGCUGCUGCGGCAGGCGCUGAACCACCACGGCCCCGCGCUGCUGUCGCUGCUCCGCGCCGAGCAGCACGACAACCCCGACUUCCGCGGGCUGCUGCCGCCGCCCGGGGCCGGCCCGGAGCCGCCCCGCGGGGCCCCGCCGGCCGCCUGGAAAGAGAGGGCGAGCAUCGACACCGAGAUAAAGCGCUUCAUCGCCAAGAAGGCGGAUCUGCUGUUCGCGCACUCGUGGAAGCCCAACGGGCCGAUCGAGGACAGCAUCGAGGAGAAUGAGGAGUGUUACGCUGUCAUGCCGCCCCUGGAGAGGUUCUUGGAGGUGCCCAGGGAGGAGAGGAGAGAGCUGUUCUUCCGAGACAUCCAGCGGGGCGAUAUCGUGAUUGGGAGGAUUACAUCUAUCCGUGAAUUUGGCUUUUUCAUGGUGUUGAUUUGUCUGGGAAGUGGUGUCAUACGGGAAAUUGCAGAUUUGGAAAUCACUGCCCUGUGUCCUCUGAGGGAUGUGCCUCCUCAAAGCAACCAUGGAGAUCCUCUGUCUUACUAUCAAACUGGAGACCUUAUCCGAGCUGUGCUCAAGGACGUUGACCGUUACCACGAGAAGCUGGCGGUGUCGCUUUACAGCUCAGCUCUUCCACCCAAGCUUUCCAGUACAAAGCUGGGUGUGAUCACCUCUGAUGACUUCCCACUGCAUUAUAAGCGAAGCCUGGAAGUUGCCAACACAGGAGAGACAUUUGAAGAGGUUUUGCAUCGUUCCCCAGGAUUUGCUAAUCCAUCAUUAGUUGAAUAUUUAGCAGAAAAACUGGGACUAAGUGAGUCAAAUCCACCGUCUUUGCUGAGAAGUCUUCAAAUUAAAAAUUUCAGUGAAGAAGAUUUUGCCCCUGCAUUGAGGAAACAGCAGUCUGCAUCAUGGGCCUUGAAAUGUGUAAAGGCUGGGGUGGAUUAUUUUAAGGUUGGGCGCCACGUGGAAGCCAUGAAUGAGUACAACAAGGCUUUGGAAAUCGACCCACAAAAUGUUGAAGCUUUGGUAGCACGUGGAGCUCUGUAUGCAACCAAAGGAAGUCUGAACAAAGCCAUAGGGGAUUUUGAAGUUGCUUUAGAAAACUGUCCUACCCAUAGAAAUGCAAGGAAAUAUCUGUGUCAGACCCUUGUGGAAAGAGGCGGGCAGUUGGAAGAGGAAGAGAAACUGCUAAAUGCUGAAAGUUACUAUAAAAAAGCCUUGAGCUUGGAUGAGACUUUUCAGGAAGCAGAAGAGGCCUUAACAAAACUCCAUAAGCACAUGCAGAAAUCUUUGGAAAUGAGGGAGAAACAAGCUGCCAAAGAAGAGAGAGAGAAAGCAAAGAAAAUAGAAACAAGUGCAGAAAAAUUGCGUAAGCUCUUAAAAGAAGAAAAGAGGUUGAAGAAGAAACGGAAAGUAUCGACUUCCUCCUCCUCUUCUUCUUCAUCCUCUUCCUCCUCCUCCUCAUCAUCAUCAAGCGAUUCAUCAUCAGAUGUAUCAGCUUCUUCUUCCUCCUCUUCCUCUGAUCACAAGAAACGUAGGAAAAAGCGUCGGCAUAGAUCCGAGUCUGCUCACAGCUCCAGAAAAAGCUCAUCUAGAGCUUCUUCCCAUUAUAAAGAUCAGAAUAGGAAAGAGGAGUGGUAUUCCCCUCCAGCUGAUACCUCUGCUUCCUUUCUUAACCAAAGUUUUGAAGUGGAAAAGCUGCUGGAAAGGCAGGACAGCAUAGCGUGCCCAAAAAUGGAGGUAAAAGAGAAAGACAGACACUGUUCUUUUUCGAGGACUUCAGGUGAUGAUGAAGACACUUGUGGAGGUAGGUCUGAAGAUUCAAGAGAUUCUUACAGUAGCUCCAGAAGUCAGCCAAGUCAUAGCAAAACUGAAAAAUACAGUAAGCCAGAGAGAUACUUCUCCAGUUGGAGGGGUCCUUCAGGUUCGUAUCAUAAAUCAGAUUACAAACCCAGGAUGCAUUAUUACAGGAGAUUUGAAAGGGAUGGGGAGUGGAGAAGGGAGCAGUUCAAGAGACAUGGCUCAGGUCAAGACAGGUAUUACAUGUCCCCAGGGUCUGACUAUUCUGGCAGGUCAUGGGGGAAGUACAGGUCAUAUUCUAGCAGCUGCUCAUAUGAAGGUGAGAAAGAUUAUGAUAGUGACAGGCGGCAUAAAAAUGAAAGCGAGUCUAAGAAUAGAAAAAUAAGUUAUGAAGACACUGAUAAAACAAAGGAAGAAGAUGAAGAAGUGUCAUUAAAUGGUACAGAACAAGCAGAAAGUGGUGUUAAAAGAAACCUGCCUCAGAACUUGGUUAACAUAUUCAAUCAGAUAGCUGAGUUUGAGAGGGAAAAAGGAAGUAAGCAGAAGAAACAGUGAAGUAUCUGAGAAUACACUACUUGGAUGAGUGUAGUUAUGUGGAUUUUAACUUAGUAUCUUGAGGAAACACAGAGGCAGAAUUUUUUCUGCAUUUCAGAUGUCAAAGAAUUCUAAAAGAUCAUAUGGUGGAAAGAGAUGGAAGAAUAUCAUACAUAAAAUAUCAGUUAUUUUAAAGACAAGUUUCCUGUGGUCUUAAUUUGAGGUGUUCCUGUACAAUAUUUUGUCUGAUGGGCUGAAAUCCUUUGAUACCCCUGGGUGUAGUUAGCUGUGCUCACAUCAAGUAUGCACUUUAACAACAGCUGGGUUUGGUUUUCCUUGUCCCUGAGGUACUAUUGACUGUUGAUAUUCUUCUAUCAAACUUAACUUCCAGCUAUAGAAAAGGGAUAACAGAAUGAAGUAAUGUGCCAUCAAUGUAUAUAGCCCAUUUGAUCAUUAAAUUUUCUUAAUUUUUAA